AUGUCUAAUGGGAUGACUGGUGCAGAUAUUCCGGACCUUGAUAGUUUUGAUGAUCUUGGCGUUUUCCCCAGCUUUAACUACGUAAACAUCGAGGCUUCAAGGAUGAUCCUACAUUUACCCUUAGAUCGGUAUUGCAAAGACAUGGCCUCUCGAUCCUUAGACAUACCUUGUGGUGCGUCGCUUGGCGAGAAAAGUUUUUGCCACGUAUUUGAGCUGUCGAAACGUCAUGUCCUAUCUUGUUGUGCACGCGGGGUCAGCUAUAACCUCCAUGCCUCCACUGGUGGAAAGACUAGAGGGUCCUACAACAGACACCCAAAUGUUCCCGAGGCUACACGAGAUGGACAAUGUGCUACAGUGAUUCGGGGCUCUUCAAGGCCUACUUGCGUCUCUUACUUCGCUUCCAACUCAUGUCGAGAAGAAAGUUAUGGAUUCCAAAGCGAGCGCUGA